AUGUCGCAGCCGUCAGAUAGGCAUGUCACGCCUUUAGGGCAACAACCGUUUCCGUCUGCACAUGGAACCCGAGAAUUCUUGACACCUGAUCUACUUUUUGGCCCAUAUGAUAUCGUAAAAGCACAAGUUAUAGCGGCAAGAGCGAGUACCAAUGUGAGGCUCUUCAUAUUAAAAAGUCAAGCAGAAUUUGACAUUCGGGCUUAUACAACGCAAGUGUACGAUGACCCCGGCGAUCUUUCUUUCUUUCCAUAUCUCGACAGCGUUAUGAAUGGUUUUACGUAUCCAGACGGCACAGGGCUGAUGCAAUUGCUCCCUAUGAACCAUACUGACAACAAUUUGUAUAUACGUCUAAUACAUCCAAACGGCACGUUGACGAACUUCACUGUGCCGCCGCCAGUGUUCAAUGCUCCUCAUUACACACAACGUGCUUAUCCACUUAAUGACGGAUAUGCGUUUGUAGUUCAGACAAACAACGGAGGUGCGCAUGGAACGUUGGUUGAUUGGAGUGGGCAGGUGUUACAACUUGAUGUGACGCUCACUGAUAAUCCUGUCGAUGAUUAUACGACACUUGCGAAAGCCAACGUCAACCCGAAUAAGGACUUUCUUGUAGCUACUAGAGAAGGGAAUGCAGUUUCAUGGAAAAUUUUCAGUGCACCCGAUAGCUCGGGUCAAAUAACCCUGUUGUACAGAGGCAAUAUCACGGGAAACGAUAACGGUGACAAAAUUCUGAUCGAUCACGAAAUCUUUCCCACAACAGAAGGUGGCUAUGGCGUAGCCCUUUUAAAACGUAUGACGACAUUCACUCAGAACUCUUUUAUUGACUCUUUGAUUGAAAAGCUUGCUAAGCUUAUCCCUAUUGAUUCAUCACGUAUAACCACCAACAGACACAACCAACCUGAUCCUGAUGCACCAGCUCAUCAAUUAUUGUUUCCAGUCACUAUCAAGUCAAGUGAUGAUCACUCACAAAGAACAGUGCAGCAGAUUAUUGGUGAUCUUGAUGAUCUAAUUAAAAAUAAAUAUUAUAAUUCGUUUUCACGAGAGAAUUUUACUAGCCACCUAGAUGAACAGUAUGGGUUUUCACAUAAAGCCAAUUUGUGGGAAACUUACAAAAUUAAACUAAUUGUAUUGCUAGCUAGUCUGUUGGUAUUGUUAAUGAUUUAUUUUUUUGCAAGAUGGAAGUAUCCAGAGGGUCAAAGCUUUGUUGUCAUAAAACUUGCACUAAUAGUUGCAGAUUUGAGUCUUGACAUAGCAUUCGUACUCUUGAGCGCGAAAAAUGUUCCGUAUAAUGUGUUUAAUAGUUCCUAUUACCUUCAAUUCUGGCCUGGCAUUCUCAAUCUUAAUGAGAGAGAUAAAUAA